AUGGAGAAGAACUCGAAGUGGUCCACCAUUUCCAGUACCUUGGAUCAACAGCCUCAGACACCUUGUCACUGGAUACUGAAAUCAACAAGAGGAUGGGAAAGGCAUUCACAGUCCUGUCAAAACUCACCAAGAGUCUUGGAAAACAAGCAUGUCACCACCCAGACCAAAAUGAGUGUGUACAAAGUCUGUGUCAUCGGUACUCUUUUAUAUGGCAGCAAGUCCUGGACAACUUACUCCUUGCAAGAAAGGAAGCUUCAAGUGUUCCAUCUCAGAUGUCUCUGCAGGAUUCUUGGGAUCUUAUGGCAAGACAGGGUCUGCAACAACAAAGUUCUUGCCUGUGCAGAUCUCCCCUCCAUGUACACCUUGCUACACCAGAGACGCCUGCGCUGGCUUGGCCAUGUCCACAGGAUGGACGAUGGACACAUUCCCAAGGACCUCUUGUAUGGAGAGCUGGCCACCGGAAAGAGAAGCAGAGGGCGCCCUCGACUGUGCUAUAAGUUUGUGUGCAAGCGUGACUUGAGGGUUUGCAACAUCAAUACCAAGUCAUGGGAAACUUUUGCCAUAGACCGAACUAUCUGGAGGCAGCAGGUGGCGACCAGUCAGCAACAAACAAAAUAA